AAGUGUCAGGUCAGCUACUAACACAUGGUCCUACUAUGUAUGAUUUUGCAUAUUCCAAUAGCCUACAUAUAGGGCUGCUACAAAAUUGGAAUGGCACCCAUUAUUCAACAUUUCAUCUCAUACCCUCUCUUGAAUCCAUUUUCUUUCUCUCUAUCUACCCACCCUUUUGCCUUUUCAUUGCAUAAAGUAUGUUCCCCCCUUCAACUUUGAUCCUCAAAAGCAACUAGGAAAUUUUGUUUCAUGUUUUUUAAGCCCAUUUUCUGUUAACCUUUCUCCAAACUCCUUCUAUUUUCUCUUUUUGGCUUUAACCUACAACUUUUUUUCCUUCAACUAUGGCUACUAUUUCAUCCACUGCCAACACCAGCUUUCAUCAGUUACAUACUUUCAACUCUGAGAACAAUAACAGUCACCUCUAUGAUGGCACUUUCUCUCCAUAUUUGAAUGGCACUGAAGGGACCAUUGUAGGAAGGCUUGGUGAAACAAGCCAAAAGCUCAAUCCCUUCACCAGCAGUAAAAAGUCCCCUCUUCAGAAGCUAGAAAAGAAAGAAGAGAAUGGCGAAAUCGGAGUGUUUGGAGCUGAAAAGUACUUCAAUGUAGGAGAAUCUGAGACUCCUAGAUCUGCCAGCAGCAUAUCCACUUCAAAGUACCUGCACCAGAGAGAUGAACCAGUGGCUCUGGCAACUAGAAAGCACACACUUCAGUACGGAACUCCAAGCAUGCGUUCUGAAUCAACUAGCAAUAGCCAGAGUGCUUUUCUGCAGAGUGGGAAGAUAAAUUCUUUAAGGAGUAAAAAAGAUAAGUAUCAAGCCAAGAGCGUUCUAGCUGGUCUUGGUUUCAAAUGCUCUUGUUCUGGCAAAGAUUCUGUUGAUGCAGGUGAAAUCAGUUUUAGCAAAACUGCUACUUACGGUGCAGUUCAUGGCAAAACAACAAGAAAGCUGGUGGAUAUUGCUGCUCUAGAUGCUAGCCAUUCAAUUAAAUUAAGCAAGCCUAAUGCAGAACUCUUGAAAAUCAAUAAUGUUUACUUCCAAAAGGAAGAGAGUUUUGGGGUGGGAGUGAACAGCAGAAGGAACAGUCUGCAAUUCUCGCCCAUGAGUAGUGCCUCAGGAAACCAAAACCAUCUUGUGAAAAUGCAAGCUGAACAAGAGGAAGAAGAGAUGAAAGGAAGGAAAUCCUUGGAGGUUUUUGGGUCCCCCGUACUGAAGAAUAAGAUAAAGUCCUUGAGCUUUGACAGAAGGAUGGGAAUGUCCUCAAGAGAUGGUGUUCCAAGGACGGAAGAAAUUGAUUCAAACUACAUGAAUGAUGCGGCAAGUGAUGCAAGUUCAGACUUGUUUGAGAUAGAAAGCAUAAAAAGCAAAACGAACCCAUUCCUUGCAAGGCAAACAUCAGAUGCUGCUUCUGGGUGUGUGAGCCCUACAAAUGGUUAUGCACCGAGUGAGGCAAGCAUAGAGUGGAGUGUGGCCACUGCCAGUGCUGCAGUAAUGUCAGACUGUGAAGAACAGAUGUCAGAAGUAACCAUAAGGAGUCCAAUAAGGACAGAUGGAAAAACAAAAGCCCCUAGAGAGAUUCAGAGAAGGCGCCCUAGCAUGCUGUUGGGUUGCAAGAGCCACAAAUCAGUUAGAGUUGCCGGUGAUGCUUUCAUAACAUAUGAACAUCCACCCAAAAUUCCUAACAGGACUAAUACCUCUCAGAUAGUUAGGUUUCCUUCUGGUGCAAAAUAUGGACAACAACAUCACACUUACGCCGCAUCACCACUGCAGCACUCUCACUCACCACAUGCCUCAAAACUACUAUACAUUUAGCAUGAUAUUUUUCUCUUGGAAUUUGUUCAAUUAUGUGUGAGAAAAGCAAAAAAAAAGUGCAUCUUAUGGGCUUCAAAUCACCACGUCGAUAGUAAGGUCAAGGUGCUUCUUGUGUACUGCUAUAGUCCUAUCAUCUUAAUAAUCUUGUUGUAUUUUUCUGUAAGCUUUCAUAUCAUGAAUGCUUUUCCAUCCAGAAUUUGCAGCUCCUGUUUCAAAAGGUGACGAAAAUGGAUGUUUUUUGUAGUCAUGCUUUUGGUCUCAUAAAAAGAAAAUGGAUGUGAAAGGGCACCUCGUAUUGUGAAGUGAAGACAUGAGAAAAACUCCUCUGCUUGUUUCAUAGCUUUGUUUCUAUGUAUUUUGUUGGAUCUGGUCCUUGGAUUUCCAGAAACCUUAUUUUAGCAUAUAAAUGAAAUAGGUUUUUCCCUUUCACUUUUCAUGAUAUUUUCCUUACUGUCUAAUAAAACAACAGUAAU